UGUAUCGCUCGGUCUAGUAAAGACAUUUCUAAUCCGCUGCGUUUCCACAACCCAAACGGGUUUGUUAGCUUAGGCUUCUGGGUCUUUCCUUUCACUUCAGACUGUAAAGACGGGGUCGGUAAAGGGCACUGGUGGGGUGAACUUGGGAGCACCAUCACUGUUGCACUGCACCGUUAUAUGAGAGCAAACCGCUGACCUGCAACCAAUAGCUUCUUAGGGACAACAGCCGAGUUAAGCAGGCGUUUUUCAGCUGAUAUCAAUCAUGAAGAGUAAGAGAUGUCUAGCAUCAUGAAGGAGCCAAAAUGUCUGAUCAGCAGCGAUCAUGAGGGACAGCUGUGUGUUCAGAAAGAAGCUAAAACAAUUCUGGAAGGGAUAACUCAGCCAGUGGUAGUGGUGUGUGUGGUGGGGCUUUACCGCACAGGGAAGUCUUACCUUAUGAAUCGCCUGGCAGGGCAGCAAAAAGGUUUUGCUCUAGGCAGCACCAUUGAGUCGAAGACUAAAGGUAUCUGGAUGUGGUGUGUGCCACACCCUACUAAAGCAGAUCACACUUUGGUGCUAUUGGACACUGAGGGACUGGGGGAUGUGGACAAGGGUGAUGAAAAGCAUGACACCUGGAUCUUCUGUCUGGCGGUUCUGCUCAGUAGUACUCUGGUCUACAACAGCUUAGGGAUAAUUGACAACAAUGCACUUGAGAAGUUGCACUAUGUGACAGAAUUGACUGAGAAUAUUCGUGUGAGGGCACAGAGGGGUGCUGAUGAUGAUGACUCAGCAGAGUUCAUGCGCAUGUUCCCAUCAUUUAUCUGGACAGUGCGAGACUUCACACUGGAGUUGAGAAAAGAAGGCCAGCCCAUCACAGCUAAUCAAUACCUGGAGAGUGCUUUGGUGCUCAAACCUGGUAAUUCUGCUAAAAUUGAGCAGUUCAACCUGCCCAGGCGUUGUUUGCGGAACUUUUUCGCAGCGCGGCAGUGUUUUGUGUUUCCACGGCCAGCCGGAGAUGAUGACCUGAAGAGGAUGGAGGAGCUCUCGGAGGCAGAACUUGACACACGGUUUCUGCAGCGGGCUAAAGAGUUCUGUGACUACGUGUUUAGCAGUGCCAAACCCAAAACUGUAACAGGAGGACGUAUACUUACCGGCACCGUUCUGGGCAGCCUGACAGAAGUAUAUGUGGAGGCCAUCCGUAGUGGUCGGAUUCCAUGUCUGGAGAACGCAGUGGAGACUCUGGCCCAGAUCCAGAAUGGGCGAGCAGUGGAACAGGGCCUGCAGGUCUAUCGGAGUGAGGUAUUCAAGUAUCUGUGCUUUCCACUGGACCCGGCUGAACUCUCCGACAUCCACGCUCAAGCAGAGAAGAAGGCAGUCGAGGUCUUCAUCAGCAUUUCCUUCAAUGACACUGAGCAAAAAUCACAGCUGGAACUCAUGAGGCAGAUCCAGACUGAGUAUGAGGAGCUGUGUAGGCAGAAUCAAGAGGAGUGUGAGCACAUGUGUCGCUCAAAGCUGGAGUGUGUGUUUGCUCCUCUGGAGGAAUCUCUGAAUGAUGGCUCCUUCAUGCAGCCUGGAGGAUAUCAAGACUAUCGAGACACACUCAAGCGCCUCACAAAGGAGUACAGACAACGCACACACACACACAGAUAAUGAGUGAGGAAGUGUUGAGUCAGUAUCUAAAGGAAAAGGAAAAGUUUGCAAACAAUAUUCUGGCAGCGGAUCAAUGCCUUUCUAAUGCAGAGCGAAAGAUGGAGGGUAAACACACACACACACACACACACACUCCCUCUCUCUCUCUCUCUCUCUCUCUCUCCCAUGUAACCCACAAGUCGUCUCACACACAUAAUACAACCCACAUUGGCACUACAAAAAAUAAAACACUAUGCUUACUGGAAUGAC